AUGUCUGAAGGCCCUGAGACACUCGCCUCAGCAGUGGCCGUACCCAACCAGGAUAUUACCCACGAGUCUGCAGAGUUGACAGCCAAGCGACGAAAGUCUUCAGUUUCGGAAUACGACACUAAGCGCCGACGACUCAGCUCUACAGACAAUACCUCCCCGCAAUCUCAGCGGCGGCGACCAUCAUCUCCUCCACCUACGACAGAUGAGUCUGUAGAGACGAAGCCUACGCGACCGCGCGGGGGUCGAGAUGAGGAUCGCAAGCGGGGCCAGCGUUUAUUCGGGGGGCUGCUUGAGAAGUUGAAGUCGCUGGAUGCCGAGUACGGUGAAUUGAAGAAACGGCGCAAGGAACAGCGUGAUGAGAUUCGGCGAAGGGAAAUGCCGUUGUAUGAGCGAGAAGCAAUGCAAACGCGGCAUUCGAAUAUGCUUGCCAUGGCGCAUUUCCACAAGACACAGGCAAAGCCGGCUCUGUAUUACAAAACAUGGCAACCCAGACCUGGUGACGAUUCGGCGAUAAAACAGCAGAUCGAAGAAGCAGAGGCGACUAUUGCCCGAGAAGUUGCUGAGUUCGAAGCCCGAUAUCCACCCGAGGCAUUUGCGCCUGAACAGCCAACCCAGGUUGAAGCACAACCAACAGAGCCAGCUCAGGCUGAAACACAACAGGCAGGUGAAGAACAGCAGCAAAAGUCAGAAGAGCAGCAAACAGAUGGUUGUCAAGACCAGCCGGUUCCAGAGCACGAGGCAGAUCUGACAGAUGUAAAGUCCAAGGAAACGGCUCAGGGUGCUCCGGACACGGUGGGUGUAGGCAAUAAUGACCAAACCCCUGAUCUAGCUAAAACGGAUGAAGCCACUGCUAACGUGGAGGAAAGCGCGGUUCAAGAUCAGCAUGAUGCCCACCGAGAUGAUGACGGAGGCGAGGUCGUUGAGGAUAACGAGGACACUGUGAUUUAUUAG